AUGGGCGGCUUCCUGAGCCGCCACGAUAAGCGCAUACGGGACUGGAUGGACUCGGACGACGAGGAGCCGAGCGCGUAUAGCCCGACGAAGCGCCAGAAGCGCGGCAGCAGCCACGGGCCCCUGGCGCUCGCCUGGGGCGUCGCCGAGUGGGUCGGGCGCAAGCGGACGCAGGAGGAUCGCUGCAUCGGCUGCGUGCUGAGCGACGGCGCGACGUUCGCGGGUGUAUACGAUGGCCACGCCGGCUCGAAGGCGGCGGCCUACGCGGCCUCGAACCUGCACACGCACGUCGCCGGGACCGGCGCGCUGCGACGGAGAUUACUAGAUGCCUUCCACAAGACGGAGCGGGGCAUCAUCACGUCGGGGAUCAAGGACGGCACGACGGCCUGCGUCGCCGUCGUCGAGGGGACGAACUUCACGACGGCGAACGUCGGCGACUCGCGCUGCGUCAUUGGCGGCGGCUCGCGGAAGCGACCCAAGGCGACGCGCUGCACCACAGAUCAUAAGCCGGAGCUCGUGAACGAGGCGCGGCGCGUCCAGAACGCGGGCGGCGCGGUCGAGAUCCGGGGCGCCUGCGCGCGCGUCGUGCACCCGGACUGCCCGCUCAUGCUCGCGACGUCGCGCACGCUGGGGGACGCGGUCUGCAAGCGCCACCCGGGCCUCGUGUCGCCGCACCCGGACGUGACGUGCCGGGCGCUGACGCGGGGCGACCGCUUCGCGAUCCUGGCGACGGACGGGCUCUGGGACGUCGUGAGCGACCAGGAGGCCGUGACCUGCGUGAACAAGGUGCUGGGCGACGGCACGCCGUCCGUGGCGCUGUGCGAGGAGGCGGCGGCGGCCUGCGUCGCCAAGGCGCGCAAGGAGCGCACGAUGGACAACGUGCUCGUGCUCGUGCUUUGUUUUUUGUGGAACGAUGCAGCAUAG